AUGCCGCGCAAGGGCAGCAGCAGUGCGUCUGCGGCUGCGCCCAGCCGCGGCGGCUGCAACGGCUUCCACGACGCCGCUGUGGAGGCCAAAUACGGCGGCAUAGGUCACAUGUGGGGUGACCUCAUGGCGCGCCACGACCAGAUCAAGUUCCACCUCCAGGUCGGCGGCGGCGACCAGAUCUACUGCGAUGACGUGUGGUCCCUGCCGGCGGUGCUGCCCUGGGUGGCCAUAGACGACGCACACGCGCGUGCGCGGCAGCCGUUCACCGCGCCCAUGCUCGAGGAGGUGGAGCAGUACUACUUUGGGCACUACUGCAGGCACUUCACCGAGGACCCCAGCUUUGCGCGGGGGCUGGCCUCCAUACCCUACGUGUACACCUGGGAUGACCACGCAACGUAG